GUUAAGUUGAAGAUAAAACAUAAGUAUGUGACAAAUCAGUUGGUUGGAGUGGAUGAUCAUGUAGAAGACAUGAUGAAGCUGUUGGAUGUUGACUGUGAAGGUGUUCGUUUUAUUGGUAUUCACGGGAUGGGUGGUGUUGGUAAAACAACACUUGCGAAGGUUGUCCUCAACCAGCUGUGUUUGCACUUCGACGAUUGCUGCUUUCUUUGAGAUGUUCGAGAAUCAUCAGAAAAAGGGGGCCUAGUAAAUUUGCAGAAACAAUUAUAUUCUGACAUUCUCGACUCUAGAUUCGUGGACAACAUUCAUGACAUUGAUGAUGGGAUUAACCAUAUCGGGACAAGAUUUUGCAACAAAAAGGUCCUCAUCGUUUUGGAUGAUGUGGAUAAAGAAGAACAACUAGAGAAACUAGCAGGGGCACGAGGUUGGUUUGGCUCAGGAAGUAGGAUUAUCAUUACAACCAGGAAUGAAAUUACUUCAAAAGUCCUGGAUGAUAUUUUGAUUUACGAAUUAAAGGAACUGGAUUAUGAUCAACCUCUUAAGCUUUUCUGUAUACAUGCUUUUAGAAAAGACUCUCCACUAUAUCAAUAUGAUACUCCUGCAUCAGAAAUUGUUGUCACAACUGGAGGGCUUCCUUUGGCUCUUGAGGUCAUAGGCUCAUUUCUCUAUCGCCAACCGGAAGAGAUAUGGAAAGAGACUGUAGAGAGGCUAGCAAGAAUACCUCAUAAGGAUGUUCGACAGCAGUUGAUGAUCAGUUAUGAAGCAUUAGAAGAUGAGGAAAAGCAGAUUUUUCUUGACAUUGCAUGCUUUUUCGUCAAUGACACAAAAAAGAUGAAUGCAAAUUACAUGUGGGAAGCAUGCAGUUUUAUUCCUGAGACUGGGAUUCAGGUUCUUAUGCAAAUGUCUUUGGUAAAGAUUGUCGAUGGUGAUAUAAAUAUGGAUGCACGACCAGCUCAAAGAUCUUGGGAGGCAAAUUGUUCAGAGGGAAUGCUUGCAUGAUCCUGGAGAGCAUAGCCGGGUGUGGGUUUUUGAGGAAGCCCUCGACGUUGUAAGAACAAAACAGAGAAAGAAAAAAGUUCAGGCGCUCAUAUUAGCUGGAAGUCAUUUUCAACCACUCGUAAUUACGCAUGAAGAACUUAGUAGAUUGCCCAACCUAAGGUUCCUUGAAUUAGAGGAGGGAACCUUUGCUGGAGAUUUUGGGGAUGAUUUUUCAAAGUCAAGAUGGAUUUCUUGGUAUUCUCCUAGGCCACUAGAUCUUGAGGUAACCAAUCUUUCUAUGAAGAAUUUGGUUGUCUUUGAGAUCGUUUCAGGCAGCAUCACAGAUGACUGGAGCGGAUGGAGCCUAAUGAAGAUGGCAAAAAAUUUGAAAGUUCUAAACAUCAGAGGUUGCGAAGGCAUAACUAGAACACCGGACUUCUCUGGAUGCUUGAGUCUAGAAAGGCUGAGUUUCUAUAACUGCAUAAACUUGGUCAAGAUUGACCGCUCCAUUGGGAAGCUAAAGCGCCUGAUUUACCUAAAUCUUAAAGAGUGCAUCUCUCUUAAGGAUUUACCCGAAGAAAUUGGAAGGCUUACAAAUCUGAAGCACUUUGCUUGCAGUGGAUGUUUUCAGAAACUUCCAAAUUGAUUUGGGAAAUUGACAUCACUGACGGAGUUGGAUUUGUCCAACAUACAAAUUGAAUGCCUUCCUGAUUCUAUUGGUGAUAAGAAGUUUCUGUCUGUCCUUAAUCUAAGGUACACACAAAUUAGCAAACUUCCGGAGACUAUUGGAAAGCUUGUGAGACUUGAGUCUCUUUCGGUCUUUGGGUGCUUAAAGUUGGAAAAGCUCCCGCACACAAUUGUGAAGCUAGAGUCUCUGUAGGAGUUGAAUCUGUCCAGUACUAAAAUUGUUAAGUUACCAGAUUUGAUGGGAAAUCUGAAGAACUUGAAAGUGUUAUCGAUGGAACAUACUCUAAUAAGGAAAUUGCCCAGUACUAUUGGAAUGUUAAAGAAUCUGGAAGAGCUACAUGCUAGUGGUUGUGAAGAAUUAAGUGGUGAAAUUCCUAGUGAAAUUGGUGCAUUGUCCUCUUUGAAAAUCCUCGAACUAUCAGAUGCCCAUAUUUCUGGAGUGCCGACGACAAUCAAUCACGCUCCACACCUUGAAAGACUGGACUUGACAGGUUGUAAUGAGGUUCAAGGAUUGCCAGAGCUUCCAAAAAGUCUGAUCUAUCUGCAUUUUCGAUCAUCGGCAUUGCGUAUAGCUCUGGAUCUCUCAAACUUGACUAAUCUGGUCGAUUUGCUCUUAUCUGAUGGCUCUGAAGAUGUGCUUCAAGCCUCGUCAGAUCUGUUGCCAAGUUCUAGCUUAGGGUGGAUUAGGAGGUUAUCCAAACUAAAGAAGUUGGAUUUGUCCCUUUCUAAUAUCCCUGCACCACCUACUGAGUUUGGUUCUCUUCCUCAUCUAAAUGAGCUUAUUUUAUCUGGACUAGACCUGCAAUCUAUUUCACAGCUUCCUCCUUCCUUAUUGGAGCUGCAACUUGUUAAUUUCAACUCAACAGUAUCUUGGUCAAUCUUUUCCAACUUGAAAAACUUGUCCAAGCUACGGCUUUCUCAAUCUCAGCUUCAAGAAAUUGAACUCAGUGGACUCGAACAACUGAGAGCAUUGUCAGUGACUAAAUAUGAACUCCUCAAGAGGUUAUUCAUCCCGGAAAGUUUAAAGAAGCUUAAAGAAUUGUGGGUAUCAGAAUGUCCAAAGCUAGUUGAGAUUGAAGGUCUGGAGGCCCUAGAGUCCUUGGAAGAAAUGUAUAUACAGGACUGUGGUUCCAUUAAAAGGUUAUUCGACCUAUCAAACUCAAAGUUGCUGAAUUGUUUGUUUAUAUCAGACUGCUAUGAGCUUCGUGCUGUUGAGGGUCUCAGCGGGUUAGAAUCUUUGAAUGCGUUACUUGUUUAUGAGUGCAGUUCACUGGAGAAACUAAUUAUUCCAUCGAGCUUAUAUAAGCUAAAACAAUUGGAGGUUUCGGGAUGUCAGAAGCUGAGUGAGAUUCCAGGCCUUUGUGCGUUGGAGUCAUUGGAGACUUUAACCAUUAAAAAGUGUCGAUCUAUAAUCAAACUAUGCGAGUUAUCAAACUUACAGAUGCUGAAGUCUUUGUCAAUCGUUGGAUGCCAUGAGCUACAAGUUAUUGACGGUGUUGAUGAGUUAGAAUCUUUGCGCGACUUCCAUGUUUCUAGCUGUCGGAAACUGGAAGCUCUGAUGGAUGUAUCAAACACGAAGAUACCUGAUGAGUGCCUAAUAACAAUUCGGAAGUGUCGGAAAUUACAAAGCCAUGGUUAUCCUAAUGUUGAGGACCUUCCGUAUAGGGAUUACAAGGACAUGAUUGUUACAACAUCAAACUCUCCUUCAGAGUCACUCCCUUCAGAGACAUCAGAUGAGGAAGAAGAUGAAACGAACGAUGAAGGGGAAGAACUGGAGGUGGAUAGAGACAGUUCUGACGCUAAUAGCUCCCCCAUGAUCAUAACUUCUCAACCUGAUACCGAGCUUUGACUUUGAUUUCUUUCAUCUGCAAGUUCUCAGGAUGAAGAGAC